AUGAACCAACAAACCCCUUCUCAGAGCACCUCGCCUGCCGCUCCCUCCUCUCCGGCAAUGACAUUGGCGUCGCCUGACCUGCUUCUUUGCCAGACGUUCUACGGAACCAAGGAUCCCGUCGUCUUUGACCGCGACGCCGACACAGUUAUUCUGGUUGGAGACACCUCGUCUGGCGUCGUUGAACCCCCUCAACGCCUCUUCCAGAUCCGCUCUUGCCAUCUGUUCCUCAACUCCUCAUUGUACAAGCGCCUCUUCAGCGAGAGUUGCAUCAACAACAUCCCUCGCAGCGGAGAUCACUUGAGGCACUUCAAGAUCACCCUUUGCGACGUCGAUCCCGAGGCCCUCUUUUUGCUACUCCGCGCCUGCCACACCGGCAACGUGUCAAUCCGCCCGUCGACGCCAAACAUUCUCGACCUCGUGUUCCGAAUUGCAAAGACGGCACACGAUUUGGAGUUCGACAUCGGCAUUGCGGAUCCAUCUUCCGACACAGCCACGCUGUCGCAGGCUGCGCAAGGAUGGCUUUCGGAACAAAGGGACGAUCUUGAUGUCGACGAAGACAAUCUGGUAGUCCGAUGGAAGUUGAUCAAGGCUGCUUUCUACUUCAGCCAACUGGAUAUCUUCAUGCAGCUGAGCGUUGACUUGGUCAGGAGGCUGCCGGAGCACUUCUGGGUGCGUCUGGCAGGUGAAACCCACCGCGACUUCAAUAUGCACAGCCAGGACCAGUUGUCGAGGGAGGAGAUGACCAUCGUUGCCGUCCGCCUCCUCUUCCUCUUCUACCACAUCCUCUACCGCGACGCACCCUUCCCACCUUUCCGUGCUCCACUCCCUUCCGCCUCUCAGCUUCCAACCAGAAUCACGCGGAACUGGUCUGACCAGACCAGAGCCACGUGGGACGCCCGAGUACAAGAGUCCUCGGUCUGCACUUGCGACUGGCUUCCGCAGUACUAUGAGGCCUGGAUGAGAGGUCUGGAACUACACUGUUUGGACCUAUUUACGGAAGUCUUCGCGGGGGACGAGAGUCGUUGCAUAAGUCGACUCUUCAAGACUAUAGCAUGGGCACUUCGGCGUGGUGUGAUAGCUAAGCCGUGGGAUGGUUGCGAGGAGGGGGGGGAGCCGGAGUGUAAUUUGGCUGGUGGACGGGAGGGGCAUGAGGAGAAGGCGAGGGAGUUGGUGGAAGACUUGAAGGAUUGUUUGGUUGAUUGGAGGGCGAAUAUCGAGAGGGAUCCGGUUGAGGAAUCUGAUGUGGAAGACUCCGACGAUGAGGAUUCCGGCAGGCACCCCGGCGCUGAGAGGUACUCCGGAAUCAGAUACCACGAGGUUGAGGGUCGAAGGGCCGAGUACCCCCACCCCGUGUACUCACUCCCGCGUGAGAACAUCAACUUUGAGCCACCCGACUUUCAGGACCGCGACAUCGAGGACUUUCAGCUACCAUGA